AUUGUCAAAGAAGAAAAUUGUCCCGUAGGCCCGCCAUGUUUGUUUACAUACAGUUGUUAGAGACGUGCGAAGUUUCCCCAAGGCUUCAUGGAACAAGUAUAGGGAUUUACGAUACAGGGUCUUGAAUCGAGAAUUGUUGUGGGGUUCCAGACGAGCUUAAAACUGCUGUAAACGAGCCACGAGACCUCGCUUCUCGCCGACCAUGAGGGAGUACAGGCUGGCGACGUACGCCCGGCUGACGUCGGCAGAGGCGUGGGACGACUGCGGCACGGCCGCCGGCCAGCAGCCGCUGAAGCUCAGCCUGCUGGAGGUGGGCUUCCUGGUCAUCUCGGCCGGCUCGCGCGAGCUGGAGGCUCUCAGCAUCAGCUCUGACCAGCAGGCCUUCCGUGCCGUCUACCGCGACAAGCACGUGCUCUUCCUGCAGCGGAUCGGCGACCAGUUUCGCCGCUUUCGGGUGAAGUUCGUGCACAGGAGAGAGGCGGCCGACUGCGUUUACCAGAUCUCGAAGAAGAUCCGCGUCAGGGACGGCGGGCGGCUGGAUGUGGCGCGGAAGGAGUCCGCCGGCGGCGGUGACGAGGGCGGAGAGGUGGUGGUGCUGCGGGGAGACGUGGCUCUCGGGGAGCUGGCGGCGGCCGUUCUGGAGCCGCAGACGUCCCAGCUGCCGGCGGCCUACUCCGCCACCGCGGCCAGCAUGUCCACUGAGGAGAUGGAGGAGGCCAUCCGACUGCACAUCAUGGACGCCUCGUUUCCCGGCUUUGUCGAGACGGUGGAGCAGCUCAUUCGACAGAUGGCGGCUUCAUGAAGCGCUAACUGUCGCUGCAAGCUUAUAUAUCAUACUUGGUUUUCUUUCAUACGGUUUCACAAUAAAAGUGUUUUAAAUUAAACCGUUUUUAUGACAAAGGACAAUGCUCCCGAGCUAUUUAACAAAUUCUUACAUAGGUAUGCAUUGCGAAAAUAUUGAAUUAGUUAUAUGUAGCAGACGACACUUUGUUAGUGCGUCUGAAAUGCGCCAUUCAUCGACAUUAUUCUAGGACGAACGAAUUUCAGGAGUGCAGACACGCGCUUAAACUUUGUCUUUGGACAAACAGUUUGGUUCGUGGUGAUCCCGUGUUGCGAAAUCACACAUGCCUGACACUCGUAUAAUUACGACGGGAAAGACUGAUUAGUGAUUACCCACAUGAGUUAAAUCUUAAAUUCAAUCUCGCAAUACCAGCAUAAUUCCCACGCAAUACAAUGAAAGAAGAUAUGUGAUGCAUUGCACGCCCAUAAGUCCGUCUCAUAUUACCAUAGCCAGUCGAGUCUUCGUUAUCUCGAAUGUCUACUUGAGCUACUGACAUGAUACGAUUUUUUUCGCCGAAUGGCCCGCAGAAUGCGAAAUGCGGUACCUAACUAAAGCGAUUUCACACUAUGAUUAAUUACAUCCACGAUGUUGACAUAAAGCUCUCCUCUCAACUAGGUGUAACGUACAACCGUAACCAUGGGCGACGACAAAAAGGAGAAAAAGAAGAAAGAGAAGAAGGAAAAGAAAGAGAAAAAGGAGAAGAAGGAGAAAAAGAAGAAGGAUGAUGGAGAUGCUGAAGGCAAAGAGCACAAACACAAGAAGGAGAAGAAGCACAAGAACAAGGACAUCGGUGAUGAGGAGGUGGUGGAGGGCGGUGAAGAGGCGCCCGACGACCCGCGCAAGAGGGGCCGCGAGGAGGACCGCCGCUACUCGGUCAUGGUCCAGGGCACCGAGGAGGUCGACGACGGGCCCGGCAUGGCCUACAUGGCCUACGUCGUUAUGGACGACCUCGCCGACAAACUCAAAUUGCUCGACUACGAGCGCGACUUUUGCCGCUCGCUCAAGAUGAAGCCGCUAAACCGGCACUACUUUGUGUUCUCGUUCAAUGUGGGCGAGCAGUUUUACAUUUUCACCUCGCUGGUGGCGUGGCUGCUGCGCAAGAUCGGCCGCUCCAUGGAGCAGCCGCAGGAGUCGGACGACCCGAACGUCACCGUCUCCACCAUCCUGGAGCACUGCCGACAGCUGGAGAUGCACGUCGACUUUCCGCCCAGCAAGCUGAAGCAGGGCUGCGGCGAGCAGGUGAUCUACGUGGCCGACCGGCUGGCCGACCUGGCCAUGACGGCGCGCAACUUCCAGUGGAAGAAGCCUCAGGUGCCGCAGCCGGGCGAGGCGGACGAGGAGGAGGACGAGGCCGAGAUCACCACCGAAAAGGUGGCCGAGGAGUCCUCCUCGUCAGAGGAGGAGGAGGAGGAGGGCGCCGUCCUCAACCUGGAGGACCUCAAGAACCUCUCCAUCCAGGGCCUGAACCUGCAGCUGGACGUGCAGAAGCCGGACGAGAUUCUCGAGUCGACCACCAACACGGAGGAGUGGCGGCUGGAGAUGGAGCGUGUGUUGCCGCAGCUGCGCGUCCAGAUCGACUCGGACACGCGCGACUGGCGCAACCACCUGGACCAGAUGCACCAGUACCGGCGCGCCAUAGACGACUCGCUGAGCGACACGCAGGCGUUGCUCGACAAACUGCACACAGAGGUCAGCGGCACGCUGGACAAAAUCACCAACAGGGAAAAGUACCUCAACUCGCAGAUGGAGCGCACACUCGGUGACUUCAAACUACUCAUCGAGGAUCGCCUCAGCUCGCAGGAGCAGUACAAGUCGGUGAGCGGCGGCGUGGUGGAGCGCUCUCGGCAGCUGGCGCAGCUCACCGACGAGCUGGAGUCGGUCAAACAGGAGCUCGAGGAGCGCGGCACCAGCAUGACCGACGGCACGCCGCUGGUCAACAUACGGAAGGCGCUCAACCGCGUCAAACAGGAGGUGCAGGGCAUGGACGUGCGUAUCGGCGUGGUGGAGCACACGCUGCUGCAGUACCGGCUGCGCGACAAGGAGGCCCUCCAGCAGGAGGCCAACGUUCAGUUCACCGCCAACAGCAUCGGAAUGUACUGAGGCGGGGUGGAGCCGGGAGGUGGGGUGGAACUGCGGCCGUGGCUCAGUGGCGAGCUUCCGUGGAAAGGCCAGAUGACUGUGUGUCUGGUCCACAGAAACAUAUAAAGUGACAUUUGACUGCAAAAUGAAUACCCGGGAGUCGGGACCAAUGGAAACAUUCCGGCUGUGAGUUAAGAAGUGGGAUGCUGCCGGUUAGUUUUAAGUGGCUGAGUUCCGUUGAUGUUUUGGCGUUCCGACAGCGAUGGAUGGGGCGGUCAGUCUAGCCUGUGAUCGGCGCUUCCUCUAACUGGCCGCGGGGCGGGGGCGGUGUUUUGGAUUCGGAGCGGGCCGGGUCACCGGCGGCCAAUACCAACAGCCGCCGCUGGCAGUCCGGUCCUCAGGUCCGGCUGAGUGUUUACCACACUGCUGCAGGGCCCGCGCGGUGAACACAGGAUAUCGCAUCCGGUACACACAGCACAGAGACGAGAAGCGGGUCAUUAAUGAGUGCCGCUGUAUCGGAUAAGGUCCCAACCGUUCGUGCGUGACACUAACGGUUCAUACUGCCGCUACCCGUGCCAUUACCGGUCGGCCAAGUGCCAAAAUUUGUGCUGUGAUUGAAAUGUGUGCCAGACUGUGUGAUAUGUAUCGGUGGAAUGUGUAUGUGCUGUUUUGCCGGUAGUUACAGCUGUCAUGAUUUGGCGAACUCAGAGAUGUGCCAUCAUUGACAGGCCGUUUGGUUUAGUCGGCAGUUGUGUUUACUCUUUGCGUCAUUUGUUCGCGACAUUGUAUUGCAUGUUGCGUUCGUUACAUUGUAUCAUUAUCGUUAUUGCGCCAUAUUGUAUGCCAUUACGCCUCAGAUUGGGACGGCAGUUUCAUGCCCAAUACAGCUGUCAUCUUCCGGAUGAUUCAGGCAAUACUCUA